UCAUCUACGACCACAAGAACGUUCAAAAUACAAGCCUUGUCUAGCCAAGGUUUCCUCAUCCACGAGAAUAUGGAAAGUGAGAAGCAAGUGGCUCAUGUUACAUGUUACAUACGUUAACUUUCAACAGCUCUCUCUCUCUCUCUCUCUCUCUCUCUCCACCUUAGAGACACCCAUAAUGGCCUGGGCUUUAUUCUCUCCAUCUCUCAACCUCUCACUCCCUCACACCACCAAGACCAACUUCAACAGAACACAGUGGUUCACCACUAAAACAAGUAGAGCAGCAACAACAAGAAGAACAACCAGUAUCAGAGCCAAUGCUGCUGACCAAAAACAACCCAAAGACAAAGACGAAGACACUACUUCUGGUUUCAGUCCCUUUGCCUUUGUAACCGAUAACCCAUCAAGCCGCGAAGCCAUUCAGCUCCCAGAGAGCCCUGCUGAAGAUGGCAAUGUCGGAGAAAUGCUUUAUAGGAUAGAAGACAAGGGAAAGGAAUAUGGCUCAUACAUCAAAUCUGGAGAGUUUAUAUGGUUUGUAAGAGAAACUGGUUCUGCUGAGAGCCGACGUGGAACAAUUGUUUUCCUUCAUGGGGCUCCAACACAAUCUUACAGCUAUCGAGUUGUUAUGUCUGAGAUGUCAGAUUAUGGGUUUCACUGUUUUGCGCCUGAUUGGAUAGGAUUUGGUUUUAGUGACAAGCCACAGCCAGGAUAUGGUUUUGAUUACACAGAAAAGGAGUUCCAUGAGGAAUUUGAUAAAUUACUUGAUGUGCUGGGGGUCAAAUCUCCUUUUUUCCUCGUUGUUCAGGGGUUUCUUGUAGGUUCAUUUGGAUUAACAUGGGCCUUGAAGAACCCUAGCAAGAUUUUGAAGCUCGCAAUUUUAAACAGUCCGUUGACAGUUUCAUCUCCUAUCCCUGGACUGUUUCAAAAGCUAAGAAUCCCUCUUUAUGGUGAAUUUACAUGCCAGAAUGCUAUUAUGGCUGAGCGCUUUAUUGAAGCAGGUAGCCCUUAUGUCUUGAAGCUGGAAAAGGCUGAUGUGUAUCGGUUACCAUAUUUGUCAAGUGGUGGACCUGGGUUUGCUCUGCUUGAAGCUGCAAGAAAGGUUAAUUUUAGAGAUAUCUUAAGCCAAAUAGCAGAAGGCUUUGCAUCUGGAAGAUGGGAUAAACCGAUACUGCUAGUUUGGGGAAUAUCGGACAAGUAUCUGCCUCAAUCUAUUGCAGAAGAGUUUCAGGAAGGAAAUCCAACUGCCAUUAAGCUUAAGUUAAUAGAAGGUGCUGGUCAUAUGCCACAAGAGGACUGGCCCGAGAAAGUUAUAGAAGCUUUGAGAGUAUAUUUCUAAAUCCACUGCCUAAAUAAAAAAUAUACAACCCAAAGAUUGGCCUCUUGCAAGUGUUUAUAUUCAAAUGUACUACCAUUUGUUUUUUUACCUAUGAAGGAUCUUCUCUGUAAAUGUAUCUCAAUUUGAAGUAUUCCAUAUUAGGUGAUGAAUACUGAUGUAAUCAAUUUAUGUAACGGUCAAAUUUUGUAUUCGUCAAAUUAUUAGAAAAAUUGAUGUAAUCUCUACGAAAUUAAUUUAACGAGCCAAGAAGCCUCCCAACCUAUUCCAUGCCA